GUGUAGUUUGGCACACCAACCAUCUUCACCUCCACUCCAUCGCCCUCCAGUUACACCCAUCCGAGGUCCACCAUGAAGAAGACACUAAGGACGACGGGUGAAAGCUCCUACAGCAGUCGCUCCUACACCGGCCCCGUGUCCAGCACCAUGAGGAAGAGCUACUCUGUGCGCAGCUCCCAUGGAGGCACCGGGGGUAUGGUUAGGAUGGUUGGAGGGCAGCUCAUAAACUCAGAUGUGUAUGCUGGGAGUCUGGAUUACAUGUAUAGAGCAGGAAUGGGUCCGCGGGUGGGUCGGGGUCCUGUUGUGCGCCCCCCACUGACAGCUGUAACUGUCAACAAGAGCCUCCUGACUCCACUGAACCUGGAGAUUGACUCUAACAUCCAAAGCAUCAAAAUGCAGGAGAAAGAAGAGAUCAAGAUCCUCAACAACCGAUUUGCCUCUUUUAUUGAUAAAGUGUGCUUUCUGGAGCAGGAGAACAAACGUUUGCAAACCAAGUGGAGCCUUCUGCAAGAACAGACCACCUCCCACUCUAAAAUCAAUGGCAUGUUUGAGAACCACAUCGCUAAACUACGCAGACACCUGGAUGGCCUGGGCAAUGAAGAACAGUACCUGGAAGGUGAACUGAAUAACGUGAAGAGCUUGGUGGAGGACUUCAAAAAAAAGUAUGAAGAUGAGAUCAACAAGCGUACCGACUCCGAGAACACCUUUGUGGUCUUAAAAAAGAAUGCUGAUCUGGCCUUCAUGAAUAUGGUAGAGCUGGAGACAUCACUGCACAGCCUCGACGAUGAGAUUGAGUUCCUAAAACUGAUCUAUAAGCAGGAGCUAGAGGAGCUGAAAUCUCUGAGCGGAGAAACAUCCGUGGUUGUAGAGAUGGACAACAGAAGGGACCUGGACAUGGAUGCUAUCGUGGCUGAGGUGCGAGCGCAGUACGAGGAAAUCGCCAACCGCAGCCGAGCUGAGGUCGAGAGCUGGUACAAACAGAAGUAUGAAGAGCUGCAAGUAACGGUCACGCAAUAUGGAGAAAACAUGAGAACCACCAAAGCUGAAAUCGCUGAAUAUAACCGCAAAAUCCUACGCCUGCGGUCUGAGGCCGACGCCAUCAAGGGACUGUACACAAGUCAGAAGCUUCAGGUCAAAGAGGCUGAGGAACGGGGUGAAGCAGCAGUGAAGGAGGCGAAACACCGUGUGCAGGAGCUCGAAGAGGCUCUUCAGAGAGCUAAACACGACAUGGCCCGACAAGUGCGCGAGUACCAGUCACUCAUGAACAUCAAACUGGCCCUGGACAUUGAGAUCGCCACCUACAGGAAACUUCUGGAAGGAGAGGAGAGCAGAUUAAUGCGUGGAAUCCAGUCCGUCAGUAUCUCCAGAUAGACCUCUUAUCAGCCUCAUCUGCUGGAAAGCAGCACCUUCACGUCCUCCACUGCUCGUGCCGCGGGUAUAAGCAGUGAGACGACUGCCAUUCACACCGAUUAGACCCAUUACAGUCCUGGUCCGAAAGGCAAGACAGAAUCUCCACAAGGCAGGGAAGAACUGAAGACCCUAAGAAAUGAUCUCAUUCAACAUAUUGAUAAUAAAAGCCAUACAUUCCC